CUCUGGCCGGAGCGCCCGGCCGGCAUGCGGCGGCCCCCCCCUCGCCCGACGCCCCGAGCCCGCCGGACCAUGAGGGAGCUGCCCGGCGCCUGGCUGCAGAAGGCGUGCCGCCUGCUGGUGCUCGUCUGCGCCCUGCACCUCUCGGCCGUGCUCUUCUACUACCUGGCCGGCAGCGCGCCCGGACCCCGCUGGAGCCCCGAGCCGGCCCCGCGCGGCCCCGCCGCCCCCAGCCCCCGCACGGCGCCCCCGCCGCCGCCCAACGCCUCGCAGCCCUGCCCGGAGCCCUCCCCGCGCCUCGUUGGCCCAUUGCGUGUGGAAUUCUCUCUGACUGUGAAUUUGAAGAAGGUGGAGGAGGAAAACCCAGACGUGAGGGAAGGAGGUCGCCACACACCAAAGGACUGCAAAGCACUGCAGAAAGUUGCUAUUAUUAUCCCAUUCAGAAACCGGGAUGAACACUUGAAAUAUUGGCUGUACUAUUUGCAUCCAAUUCUUCAAAGGCAACAGCUUGAUUAUGGUGUAUAUGUAAUUAACCAGGGAGGAGAAGAAACAUUCAAUCGUGCGAAACUUCUGAAUAUAGGCUUUGUAGAAGCUUUGAAAGAAUAUGAUUACGACUGCUUUGUGUUUAGUGAUGUCGAUCUAAUUCCAAUGGAUGACAGAAAUACCUACAAGUGUUACGACCAGCCCAGGCACCUCUCUGUGUCCAUGGACAAGUUUGGAUUUCGGUUACCUUAUAAUCAGUAUUUUGGAGGUGUGUCAGCCUUAAGCAAGGAGCAAUUCCAAAAAAUCAAUGGGUUUCCCAAUAAUUAUUGGGGUUGGGGAGGUGAAGAUGACGACAUUUAUAACAGGCUGGUGUUUAAAGGCAUGGGGAUCUCCCGCCCAGAUGCAGCCAUUGGGAAAUGCAGAAUGAUUCGCCAUUCAAGAGACAACAAAAAUGAGCCCAACCCACAAAGGUUUAACAAAAUUGCUCACACAAAAGAGACUAUGAAUUCUGACGGCUUGAACACUCUGUCGUACACGGUGGUGAAUACUGAAAGAUUCCCGUUGUAUACUAAAAUCACAGUGGCUGUUGGGUCACCAAAAAGCUAGUAUUGAGAAGCAUAACAGAAGACUUGGAAGAGUUAGCCAGGGGGACUAUUCAUCCCAUCCAUUUUGUGCCUGCUGUUUUUAUUACAAUGGACGUCUCAAAAGAUGCCUUACGUUGCCAUUCUGAGGCAUUUACCUUCGUGGGACAAAGCAGGAAUUUUAAUCCUAAACUUUAUUAUAUACAGCUUUCUAGCUCUGUCUUUUUUUUCCUUUAUAGGUCUAGAAACUGUACAUAAAACAUUUGAAAAUACAGCUGUUUUCAGGGAAUUGGGGAAAUGACAGAUACAGUCCACUGAAAUGAAUAGGAACUACAUAUGCUUUUUUUGUACACCUCCCAUUCAUUUCGCUGUAGCUUAUGGAGGAAACCUUCCUGGAGGAUAAAUAUAUAUAUGGGUAUAUAUAUAUACCCAUAUAUAUAUUUACUGCAGUACUCUCCACUUCUGAGUAUUGCACACAGCUUGAGAAAGAUUACUGCUUGACAAAUGAUAGGGUAUUAUAGGCCCACUUCUUUCCCCUCACCUUCCAUUUAAAUUUUAAAUUAGGUUAACAUUUAUGAAAAUAUCAGUGCUUUAAUUACAGUAUGAAGGACUGGAAAAUGCUGCUAAUGUUGUAUUGAGUUUACAUGCCCAUAUAUGUAUAUAUAUCCAUCCAGAGAGAUAAAUUAGAUGUUUCUGGUCUAAUAGUAAUUUUUUUAAAAAAAAAUCAUGCAGAGCAUAUCAGUAGCCUCCAGCUCUGCUGGCAGAGGGGAUUUUAAUAGUUUGGGCCUUUUUGCUGAAAACUGAGCAUCACAUAAUGAAAAGAUUCGCUUCCACACUGACAGCCGCACAUUCACAUGAGUGGCCUGUGUCACUUCUGAUGGGGUCCUCACCGCUAUUACACGGGGCAAGUAGUUUGACUCCACUUAUAUAGAACAUGGAAGGUUCCAUUCAAAAAAACUGUUCCUACAGACAAAGUUGUUUAGCUAGUUUUGAAGGACAGGUUUCCCCCCUUGUGGUCCUUGUGACGACUCUUAUCAGAGCAGUGCUUGCUUGUUAAAAGAAAGAAGCUCUCGUCUUGACUGUUUCUUGCUCCUGUAGAGCAUAAAGACUUGCCAUGUGAACACUGUAAAUGUAUAGCUCUGCCCUCAUACCACGUAGAGGAUGCGCAAGGAGUGAGCCGGGUCUCCAGUGGAGGACAAUCUCGUGGGAAUGAAUGGCCAGCCACUGGUUUGGCUGUGUUCGGGAUUAUACUGUUGUCUGUGGCAGUGGUCAACAGAAGCUGAGAGCAGCUGAAUGGUGUAUUGAAAUAACAUCCACCUCAAAGCUUGUCGGCGCUCCCAGUAUGUACUUUUUUAGCGUACAGGCAGAAGUGCAUAGCAGCAGUCCCUAAGAAUAGAAGGCACGAGGUGGUCAAAGAUUUCAUGUGCCGAUAUUGUACUUUUCCUUUUGUAGAUGACGGCCUGCGCAGGAACAAGCAAGCAAUGGCUUAAAAGGUUUGGGUGCAUUGUGUAAGCAUGCCAGGGAACCUUGGGUGGCAGGAGAGAGCAGGGGGAUUCAGAAUCCCCCUCCCCUUCUCUCCCUGCCCUCGAAUUCCCUGAGCCCUAUUGUUGCCACCUCUGUGGAUUAUAGUAGGGACAAGGGAGUAAACCUAUGGCAAGUGAUGCCUCCCCCCACUGAGUUACACAGUGCCAUUACUCAGCGAAGCCCUUUUAUUUCCAUCACUGGAAAUUAAAUAAAUAAACAGCCUGACUGGCAUAAGUACGGCAAUAUUGCUCAAGCGCCUUAUGUUUGAAUGUUGAGUUGCCUUUUGCUGUCGCCAAGGAAUGGCAAAUAGAGUGCAAGUGUGGGCCCAUGUCUCUCUUUUCUGUCAGGUAUGUUUACGAACCUAAAACCUAAAUAUUGUAUAAAUGUCAAAGAAAUUUUUCUUGCUGUGUGUUUCUGUAAAACUUGAAUUUGCUGUUGUUUUUGUUUUUAAUUGUUGCAAAGCGUUAAGAUAUUAUGGGGGAGGGGGAAGUGUAUAAAACCUUCUUGCACCAUAAAACCGCAUCUGUCAAUAUAAAUUGCAGACCCAGCAAUGUUUAAACCAGACUGAAAAGGGCAAUGUAUGCCUUUCAUUGUGCAUAAGCCAUUCCCGGGGGGUUGCCUGUGCCUUCUUUGGCUCAGCAAUCACUCAAAAGGUUGGCACAAAUAUGCCUUCUUUACACCUGUAGAGAUUAAGUCGACAUCUAAACCGUUUGGUGUGUGUGUGUGUAACCGGAGUUAAAAGCAACAUUGUGCCUUUGAAACUAGGGGCUGUUUGCAUGGGGUGCCCCCCCAAUCCCCCUGCCUUGCAGAAUUCUCCCCGGGAAGAAGUUGCAAUGUUGUUAUAUUAUCAGCUUGAAAACCUCAUCUCAGAGCCUCAGAAUUCUUCUUGGAUUCUUAAAUUCUUAGAUGUUUUUCUUUUAGUUGUUCUUUUAUGAUGAGCUCCCCAGGCCAGACUUAGAUGUGCUUGUUUUUAAAGAGUUGGGUCUACAUUUCCCAGAUCCAUUUCGGGUUCCCUGCAGCCGCACAGCAGUGUGGGAGGAAGAAGGACUCCUGCAGAUAGGGUGGGCUUCUACCUUCCUUCCCCAAGCCAUUUUACUGUGCUGAAACAAUGCUGAAAGGAGUUCUUUCCCCGUUUUGGGCGCUCCAUGUGGAGUGUGGUAUUCUUUAAAACUAAGCAUGUCUAGUUUGUCCCCCACUAGUCUCUUUUUGAAGAGACUGGCCCUCCCCCAGGUCAGCCAUGUUUGUAGCAAGCAAUUUACCAGGUCUUGUUUUAUAACUCCUGUCAAGGAUGAGGGGAAGGGGCUUCCGCCAUAGCUUUCUCCCACCCCUCUUUCUCUCACUGCAGCAAUAUAAACCAUGUCACCUCAAGAAAGUGCCUUAGAGGAGCACGGCUGCCACAUUCCUCAGCUAUUUCACCAUAGGCCACACUACCCACAUCGCCCUGUCCUCCUUAGUCCUACUCAACCUUUUUGAAAAGGGUGCGCGCGCACGCGCAUGCGCGCGCACACACACACCCAUUCAAAGCCUUCUAUCCUCUUUCACUGUAGUCAUACAGGAAACUGUGCCAAAGGAAAGCAGCCUGCCGUUUACCUGGACAAACUGAGGGAAGGACAUUUUUCCAGGCUGCGGCUAUUGUUACAGAUAGGGCUGCUGCUGCUACCUCUGGAGGGGUCAGCCCCCCCCCCCAGCACAUUUCCCCCCACUCACUUUCAGGUUGUAAUAGUUUGUAGCCUGGCUGGUGUUUUGCUGCCCUCCAAAAAACAGUUGGCACCAAGUUUAGUGCUGCAGUAAUUCGCAGCCUCAAAUUCUUCUGCAUUUUCAGAUCAAUGUGUAAAAGGUCUCCCAUGGAGGCACUAAAUUCUCCCAUCUCCCAGACUGCAGCAGGCCCAUGUAUUUCCUCUCCCCUCCGUAUGUAGAGAAGUAAAGGAUCGCCAAAUGCAGGGAAUCUAUCUGAAUGUGAGAUCUCCUGACGCUUGAAGAUGAAAAUCUUCUUUAAAGAUUGAAAGAGGCACAGAAGAGUUCCCGCUUUUAAAUACCUCUUCGCUCUCUGGCUUCAUCAGUCCCUUUUCCUCACAGUGAAAUCUUCCAGGGUGAAUUUUGUUUGAAUAAGCCAUGAGUUUUGUAAGUUGAUGUUCUCACCUGUGUGCCUUGUUCUAGUACUAAUUUCAGGGCAGGGAGGGGAUGACCACAUUUUUCUUUUGGCCGGUAGUCUUUUCUGUUUUGGUCUUGUGCAUGUGACAUGUUGGAUUCACUUCUUUAUUUAUUUUAAGUGUCCUGAGCUAAAUGCUUGGUGAAUGUGGAGACUUAAUUACGUGAUCUUGGCUGUAGCUGGAGAGAGGUUUGUUCUUCUUAAACGUGCUUAACACGUUUUUGGAGAGGAGACCAUGUUAGUAAUUCAGGAAAUGAACCUUAAGGGGUCCCUUGAGAGGACUCCUAGAAUGUUAGACCGCUUUAGAACUUAGAGGCUUGUUCAGAUGCGGAUAAAUCAUGACCCACCAAUGGUUUGGGGCUCUCGCAUGCUCUUUUCCUCCCUCCACUUUGAAAAAGGAACCUUCUAUUCUUCAUGCUUAUUUUCUCUGAGGAGAAAAUUGGAGGUUUCUGUUACGGAAUUAGGAGAAAGAAAUAGUAAAUGUGUGAAAAGUUCCUAGGGACCUGGUAGAGAUGCUGUUAAAGGGUGGGCUUCUUGGUUGCCUCUUUUGAGGUUUAACAGAACAGAAGCUUCCGCUAAUCUGUUAUCAACAUAAUCUACCUCCUAACUCUGCGAGAUGGGAGGGCUCACUUUUCAGAAACGAGCCAUUUUAGAAAUUUAAAUCGUUGGCUCUUCUCCACUUACGGAACCCCGUUCAUUCUAAGCACAUUGUAAACUCUUCUCUGAACUUCACAAUAUUCAUUUUAUUGUAAAAACUAUGCAAGCAGCUUUAUGGUGCACAUCAUAAAUAGGUUUGUGUGCGUGUGUGUGUGCGUGCGUGCAUAUGUUUGUAUCAGGUCAAAUUGCCAUAGAAAGUACAUUUGAUGAUUUGAGAACACGUUAGCUCUCGUCAUCAACGUUUUUAAUAAAAGUGCCUUAAAUAGUUUUAUGGGGGGGGAGGGGUUUGUUUUCCAUAGAAUAAGAUUAGAUAUAUUUCAGAAUUGCUGUGGACUGAUUUCUGUCUUUACAAGUUAUAAAUAAAAAAAAGCAUUUUGUUAAAGAA